UCACUCAUUCAGCGGGCACUCGUUCAUCACGAAAAUCACGAAAAUAAACAAAUUCGCGCAAUCGGCCGAGAUUAGUUGGACUUGGUUCUAAAAAGAGUUAUUAAAGAAGGCCGACAUCAUGAAGGCCACUUUUGCCGUUGCCGCUGCUGCGGCUGUCACCGGCGUCAAUGCCGCCAGUGUCCACCACAGACACGCUCACGACGCUUUCCGCGCCCUCGCCAAGAAGGACUACGCUACCGACAACAGCACCUGUGGAUGUACUACCAUCUACAGCACCUACUACGGUGAAGCCACUCUCUCCUUCCCUCCGGCUCCCCCGGCCACUUCGGCACCUCCUCCGGCGACGAUCACGUCCACUGCCGUCGUUGUCCCUACGCCAAUUCCCCAGACGUGCUCGACCACUGGUGUCUACACCUUCCCGGCCACCACCGUCACCCUGACGGAUUCGACCACAGUCUGUGUUCCCUCCACCACCGCCGUUCCCCCGGGAACUCACACUCUUGGCGGUGUCACGACCGUCGUCACCACGGCGACUACCGUAACCUGCCCGUACGCCACGGUGUCCACGAGCGAAGGUGUCGUCACCAGCAUCAUUGAGACCACGACUUACGUUUGCCCGUCGGCUGGUACUUACACCAUUGCUCCUACCACGGAGACUGCCGAGAAGUCCACCACUUUGACCGUCCCUGUGGUCACCAGCUAUCCCCCGGGAACUUACACUCAGCCUGAGGUUGUCACCACCGUCACUGAGACCAACACCGUCAUCUACUGCCCAUUUGACAUCCCCACCCCGACUCCUACCAGCGUCGCCAUUACCACACCGGCUGUUCCCGCCACUACCAUUGUCCCUACCGUUCCUGCCACCACCCCCGUAGUGUCAGUUCCGGCCAACACCCUUACCCCGGUCCCGUCCGUUCCCUCUUCCACCGUCGCCCCCUCCUCUUCCGCUCCUUCCACCCCCAAGCCCUCCGGUGGCCUCGGUGGCACCCCCGGAAAGCCGUGGGGUAUCUCGUACACCCCGUACAAGACUGGGCCCGAAGGUGGCUGCAAGAGCCGCGAUGACGUUUUCAGCGACAUCAAGAAGAUUGCCGGCGCCGGUAUGACCGAGGUCCGCGUCUACUCCACUGACUGCGACACUCUCCCCAACGUCGGCGACGCCUGCACCGAGUACGGUGUCCGCAUGAUCAUCGGCAUCUACGUCGACUCCCCCGGCUGCGAUGCGCGCAACCCGAGCGUCGCCGAGCAGAUCAGCGCCAUCAAGUCCUGGGGCCAGUGGAACAUGGUCGACCUGAUCACCGUCGGUAACGAGGCCGUCUUCCACGGCUACUGCCAGCCGUCCGAGCUCGCCUCCCUCGUCACCAAGUGCCGCGGCGAGUUCGCCGGCUACACCGGCCCUUACACCACCGCCGAGACCGUCAACAUCUGGCAGCAGAGCGACUUCUCGGCGGCCAUGUGCGGCGUCGUCGACUACGCCGGCUGCAACGCGCACGCCUUCUUCAACACUGAGACCGAGGCCUCGCAGGCCGGCACCUUCGUCAAGAGCCAGCUCGACCUCGUCAGCAAGAUCUGCAACAAGCCCGGUGUCAUCCUCGAGACCGGCUGGCCCUCGGCCGGCAACGCCAUGGGCAAGGCCAUCCCCGGCGAGGCCCAGCAGCAGCAGGCCAUUGACAGCAUCGUCAAGGAGGUCGGCGGCAUGUCCAUCCUCUUCAGUCUGUUCAACGACCUAUGGAAGGACGGCUCCACCGCCUGCGGCUGCGAGCAGUUCUUCGGCUGUGACAAGGUUCUCGGCAUCCUAUAAAAGAAAACUGGCUUUUUUCUCUCUCCAGGAAAACGUGAAAUAAGUUAUAUUUUUUUUAUAUUAAAGGUGGUUUAAAAUACCUACACAAGGUUUGGAGACAAGGUUGGUUUGGGGAUAUAUACAUACCUAUAUAUAUAUAUAUAUAGCCAUAUA